AUGCUGGUCCUCGGGAGGACCAUGGCCACGAUGGCUGCACCGUCGGCGCUGCAGCGGGCCGGGAAAGUGGUUUGCAUCGGCCGCAACUACGCAGACCACAUUGCCGAGCUGCAGAACAAAAAGCCCAAGCAGCCCUUCUUCUUCCUGAAGCCACCCUCUUCCAUCCUGCUCCCCGGCCAGGGCCCCUGCCUGCAGCCUAGGGGCGUCAGGAUGCAUUUCGAGGUCGAGCUGGCUCUCGUCGUCGGCAAGGUGGUAAGGGAUCUCCGAGCCGACGACACGCAAGGCGCGCUGGAAGCCAUCAAAGCCUACGCCGUGGCCAUUGACAUGACGGCGCGAAACGUCCAGGACGAGGCCAAGAAAAAGGGCCUCCCGUGGGACAUUGCCAAGGGCUUCGACACGUUCCUUCCCAUGAGCAACGUCAUCCCCAAGGCGGCCAUUUCGGAUCCCCAGGACGUGGAGCUGUUCCUGCAGGUCAACGGCGAGACGAGGCAGGACGGGUCCACGGGCCUCAUGAUCUACCCGAUCCCUCGAAUCAUGAGCGACGUGUCCAAGGUCAUGACGCUGCACCCCGGCGACAUUGUGCUGACGGGCACGCCGGCCGGGGUCGGGCCCGUCGUGCCGGGCGACGUGAUGCGUGCGGGGGUGCGCGUCAACGGCAAGGAGGUGGAGGAGGGCAAGGUGGAAGUCCGGGUUGAGCAGUCGCCUUCGUCGUACGAGUUUGCCGAGACGUAG